AUUUUUUUGUCUUCUCUCUUUCAGCGCGUGUUGUUAGUUUAAUUUAAUCGAUUAAUUAACAUAUUCAUGUUUCUCACCGGUCACACAAUCAAAUCAAUAGAAUUAAUCAAUUCUCGAUUAAUGUCAACUAAUUGUUCACCUAAACCCAAUCAUCUAAAUUAAUUGUCUCUCUUUUGUUUCUGUCUUUUUUACUCUCUUUUUUUCUUUGUUUUUGCCCUUUUACUUUUCUCUUUCUAUUUCUUUCGUUUUUUUUUCUAUUCUUUUACUCUCACUUUCUCUCUCUCCCUGUGUAUGUGUUAUAAUAAUUGUAUAUGUUUCUGUCUGGUCAAUUAUGGAUUGUAUCAAUUUGUUGAUGGAAUCACUGAUUGAUCCAUUUGCUUCAGUAUUUCCGGUGGGCUUACCAGUGUCUUUGGUAGGAUUGCCCAAGUUGUGAUAGGUUAUUAUGUCUAUUUAUUUAUUUGUAUAAGUUGAUUGUGAUAUGGACUAAUCAACAUGCCAUUUCAUGUCAAUCUUGACAAGUACGGAGAAAUGUCCAAACGUACAUUUGUCAGUGGCUUUCGAGGAUCUAGUGGUACUUACAAUGUCAGAGAAAACGAGUUAAUCCAAAUUCGUGAUAGACAAUCAAGCAAUAAUUCCAGUGUUACCUCACCUCCAGUUAAACCAAUUAAAACAACUCGAUGCAAAGUAAUUUUCCUCGAUGAUGUACAUCAUGUAUUUACAUUAGAUAAAAAUAGCAAAGGACAAGUUCUAUUAGAUCUGGUUUUUGAACAUUUGGAACUUAUUGAGAAAGACUAUUUCGGACUUCAAUAUGUUGAUACUUAUCAUCGAUCUGCUGGCUUAAAUACUUCAUUCUCAGUAAAUGGUCAUCUCUCACUCACUCAAAACUCAAGCUUAAGUAUUAAUAGUCCGUCAACUCCAGUGUCAACUCAUUCUUCAAAAUCUUCUUCUAGUUCUGAACAAAUGAAAUGGCUCGAUGCUAACAAAAGUCUCAAAAAGCAACUAUAUGGAAACUCACUUCAUACUUUAUAUUUUCGAGUAAAAUUUUACGCAUCAGACCCAAGUAAAUUACAAGAAGAAUUUACCAGAUAUCAUUUUUUUCUUCAAUUACGACGAGAUAUUCUCGAUAAUAAAUUCUUGGUUCCUCCGGCAUCAGCGGUUCUAUUAGCAAGUUACGCGGCUCAAUCUGAACUUGGAGACUAUAAUUCAGAGGAACAUAAACCUGGAUAUCUAUCUGAGCUUCGUCUACUUCCAAACCAAACAUCCGAAAUUGAGAAGAAAAUUAGUGAGAUUCAUCAGCUUCAUCAAGGCCAAACUCCUGCUGAUGCUGAAUUUAAUUUCCUUGAUCAUGCCAAAAAGUUAGAUAUGUAUGGUAUUGAGCUUCAUUGGGCUAAGGACCAAAAUGGAUCUGAUAUUCAAAUGGGUGUUAGCUCUUCUGGUAUCGUUGUUUUCCAGAAUAGUAUCAAAAUGAAUACUUUUUGUUGGGCCAAAAUAAUCAAGAUCUCAUUUAAAAGGAAACAUUUUUUUAUACAAUUAAGGCGAGAAGGACUCGAAAAAUUUGAUAACAUGAUUGGUUUUGAUUUGAAUAAUUAUCGAUGUUGUAAAGUUCUUUGGAAAAGUUGUGUUGAACAUCACACCUUUUUCCGUCUCCAAAGUCCUAAGCCUCAGACGAAAAGGUUUUUCUUCUUCUUUCAAUUAGGUUCUAAAUUCCGUUACAGUGGUAAAACGGAAUAUCAAACUUUAGAAGAAGGUAAAAGGAGAAUUCGACCAGAGAAAACGUUCCAAAGAACAACAAGUCGCCGUUACGCUCGACAAACUGUUCCCACUUUUUGUUCGUCUGGUCGAACCACCGAGAUCUCACAUUCGAAUGUUUCUAACAGUUUAUCACCUCGGCAUAGUUCUCACUGGCCUUCAAACAAAUUAGUCAAUGGCGUUGGAGGUGCGUCAUCGAACUCUCCAGUAACCUCUGUUUCAGGUCAUGGUUCUGUUCCCGCGGUCAGUUGUGGGUCACUUAAAUGUGGCUCAAUCUCACCUAAUGCCAAAUCAUUGCCCUGUUUCACAUCAGCAACAACCGCUUUUGUAACUCAUCAUCAACAUCAAAGGUUAACAGUUGACGGAGUAAUAAAUGGAAGUAUUGAAAAAUCAAUUGAUUCAAUUUGCUCCAAUAGUCAAAGAAACUCAUCUCGACAAACUUUCACUGAUGAUCUAAGGAUCCGGGAAAGUGCUACAUCAGAUGGAAGUCCGUCUAAUUACCGUCCAUCACCUCUCUCAUUUCGUAAUGUCCCUUACAUUGAUAGUAAUGGUCCAAUAAAUUUUAGCAAAGAACCUUCAUUAGAACGACAACUUGACACCUCACCCAUCCCACCGGAACCAUCUUCAUCUCCAGGAAUACCUUCACCAGUAUCACCAACAUCUCCAUCAUCAACAUCAAGUACCGGCAAAGGGAAUAUUAAAAAUCUCCGUUUAAGUUUAUUUAUCGAUGAAUCUCCAACUCAGGGACAACCUGCUCUCAUAACUAUUCGUAUGAAACCUGAUGAACAAGGAAGGUUUGGCUUCAAUGUCAAGGGAGGUGCGGAUCAAAAUUUACCAGUAUUAGUGUCCCGUGUUGCCCCAAAUACGCCAGCGGAUUCAACUAUACCCAAAUUGAAUGAAGGAGACCAGGUUAUGUCGGUCAAUGGUAAAGACGUUGAGGGUCUUACCCAUGAUCAGGUUGUCAAAUUGAUCCGAUCAACAAAGGACACUGAGAUUGACGGAGAAUUGAUUUUAACCAUACGACCACUUGUUUAUUCAAGAGAUAUCACCACAAAUGAGGAUGGACAUGAUGAUGAGGAGCCACCUUUUCAGUACAUUCCUGUGGAUGCAUCACCUUCCUCAAGAUCAAGGACAAAAUGUGACCGUCUCCUAGAAUCAAUAAUGUUACUCCGAGAGGGUCUCGAAUCUGGAGCAAUCAUAUUUCAAUUUGAACAACUUUACCGUAGAAAGCCGGGAGAAGGGAUGUCCGUUGCUCGCUUACCAGACAAUCUUUGUAAAAACCGUUACAGAGACAUAUCACCUUAUGAUUCCACUCGAGUUAUUCUGAAAAACUGUAUUUCAGGAGAUUACGUAAACGCUAGUUUUGUUAACAUGGAAAUACCCGGUUCGGAUUUAAUUAAUAAAUAUAUCGCCACUCAAGGGCCAUUGUCCAGUACCUGUGAGGAGUUUUGGCAAAUGGUCUGGGAACAAGGAUGUAGUCUAAUUGUUAUGGUUACACCUUUACUUGAGAGAGGUCGAUCUAAAUGUCAUAAAUAUUGGCCUGAUGUAGAUGAAUCGGAAAAGUAUGGUGACCAUUUAAAGGUCGUUAGCACCUCAGAAAGUGGUAACUCCUCAAUGGUUGAAAGACAUUUAAAAUUAACCAAUUUAGAAACAUCUGAAGAAAGGGAGGUGAUGCAUUUACAGUAUCUCGCAUGGCCUGAUCAUGGUGUUCCCGAUGAUGCUACUGAAUUUCUUAAUCUUAUUGGUAAAGUUAGAAAACAUCGAUCAUCUGUAGACGAUCCUAUAAUAGUUCAUUGCAGUGCUGGUAUCGGACGAACCGGAGUACUCAUACUAAUGGAAACAGCAAUGUGCCUUAUAGAAGCGAAUGAACCAAUAUAUCCAUUAGAAAUUCUUAGAUCAAUGAGAGAUCAAAGAGCUAUGCUAAUACAAACUUCGAAUCAAUUUCGCUUUGUCUUGGAGGCGAUAGUUAAAGUUUACAAGGAGGAAAUUGUUAAACCAUUGGUUCCAGUUGAUACUACUAAGCAAUAGAUGAAUACCCAUUGUAUUUAAGAAGACAUAAUUAAUUGCCCAUUUCUAUACAUAUUACAUAAUAAUAUCAAUUGAUGCUCAACAAAAAAGAAACUAAACAAAAGCGAAAAUACUUCGAUGAUCUCUCUUUCUCUAUCUUCAUCUCUCUCAUACAAUCUGGAUCUAACUCAAUCAUCAUCUCUAAUUAUAGUUAAUCUAUUAACCCGUAGGGAAGACCCAAAAAGAAAGUAUGAAAAGGCGAAAUUCUUCCUCAUCAUCAUAUGUUAUCAUCAUCUUAUUGAUUUGUGGAUACCUUUGAAUUUUUUCUCUCUCCAACAAUGGAAGAUAAUUAUCUUUAUGGACAGUUAAAUUGAUUGUCCGUUGAUGAUAUUUGAUGACUUUGGACAAUAUGAGAAACGAGAAGGAGACAAUAAUCAUACCCACCAAUAGGCACUCUAACCAUUAUCAAUGGAUAAAUUAGGAUGUGAUAAGAUUGUGAAUAAUUAACAAGAUCGAAAUGAACUUGUUCUAACUUCUUCUUCUUCUUCUUCUCUCAUCGUAUCGCAUUUUAUUUAUUUGUUUCCAUCGCAAAUGAAUCAACGAAAUUGAAAAUCAAACGGCCAUUGGAAAGCCUUUGAAAAAGAAAAAGAAAUAUGCGUACCAACGCUGCGAACUAUUGAAUGAUCGACUGGAAGCUCACAUCAAUACCAAUUGAAUUACAACCGUUCCAAUGUGUAAAUAAUUAACUUGGACAUUAAUGAACAAAACAACAAAGUGCGAAAACCUAUUUAUCAGCAAUGCUAGUCAAUGAUUUCUUUUAUUUUUUUGAUGGUUACAUUCAACUUUGAACAUAAACAUAAACACCAACAUCUAAAUACACCUACAAAAAACAAGCUUUGUAAAUUGUAAACUCAUCUUCAUUGAAUCAAUGCAAAAGGAUCACAGAGGAUCAACAGAAAGCAAAGGAGAGAUUUUUGGACGAUAAUUGUCUUACCAAUUAAUUUGCCGUUGUAGACAUAAUUACAUGAUUACAAGGAUAAACAAAUGGAAAGGAAAACCAGCCAACUCUUAAUUAACUAAAAUAGUGAAAAAAAAAAGACUUUCAAUUCAUUCAAAAAAUUUACUUCCUCCUGAACAAAUCACCGUCAACACUUUCAACCACGACUCAUGGAUAUUUCUAACCAUGGAAUGGUCAAUUUCAACAGUAACAAACUAUUUUUACAAAGGAAUUGAACGAAAGUUCAUUAAUCAGCUACCAAAUUAAUCACAAUUCUAACAACUUUUGGAAUGAUUUCUCCCUUUUUCUAUCUCUCUCUAUCUCUUUUCUUCAUGUCCAGUCAAACCGUUUUUUAUAUACAACUCAAAAGGAGUUGACCAGAACAAACAAUCCCUUUGUAAUUGUAUCAAUAGAUUUAAUUAUUUAUCCUCUUCCAACUCAUUUCUGAAUCAAUUUAAAUUGUUUAUCAUCUUCCCAAUGUCUUGUUUUCCUUUAACUGCCUUUGUCUGCCAUAAUCGGUAUAUUAAUUACCGAGCAACAAGAGCAAUUAACAAUGUAAACAAACAUUUA